CAUUUGCUGUGUGGAAGUUUGAAAUACAUUUCGAGCGUUUCGUAGAGAAGAGUGUGUGUGGAGGAAGUUUGUUUUGCUAUGGAGGCGAAGCUGGUCGAGAGGUUAGAGACCGCGGUGGCGCGGCUGGAGGCUCUAGGCGCGGGUGUAGGAGUCUCCUCCAGGGGCUUGCCGGAUAUCGGUGUCGAUAUGUCUUCGGAUCCGUCUAUCAUGGCGUUUGACGAUCUGAUGGAUCAAUACGCGGCGAAGGUUUCCUGUGCGGCGGAGAAGAUCGGAGGUCCAGUGCUGGAUGUAACUAUGUUGCUUCUCGAGGCUUUUUCGGUGGAAAAGCAGCUUCUUAUGGAGAUUAAGCAAACACAGAAACCUGAUAUGGCAGGGAUGGGUGAAUUUCUCAAACCAUUGAAUGAAGUGAUCAUGAAAGUUACUGCUAAGGCAGAACAGAGAGGUUCCGAGUUGUUCAACCACUUCAAGAGUGCAGGGGAAAGUCUUUCGGCUUUAGUAUGGAUUGCUUACACUGGCAAAGAUUGUGGUUUGAGCAUGCCUAUUGCACAUGUGGAAGAAAGUUGGCAAGCCGCUGAAUUUUACAACAACAAGGUUCUUGUGGAGUACAAAAGCAAAGAUCCAAACCAUGUUGAGUGGGCCAAAACAUUGAAGGAGAUGUAUUUACCAGGUCUGAGAGACUAUGUCAAAAGUCAUUAUCCUCUUGGACCGGUAUGGAAUGCCUCUGGUAAGAAGGCAUAUGUUGCUCCAUCGAAAGCUCCUCCACCAGGUGCCCCUGCAGCUCCUUGUCCUCCACCUGCUUCUCAUUUCAGCUCAGAAUCUUCUAAACCUUCUUCAUCACAACCAAAACAAGGGUUGUCAGCUGUUUUCCAAGAGAUCAAUUCCGGGAAUGUCACUGCUGGCCUGAGGAAGGUUACCGAUGAUAUGAAGUCGAAGAACCGUACUGAUAGAUCAGUGGUUGCUAGCACCAGUGAAAAGCGACCACGUUGCAGCCCAGCUACUACUGCCCCAAAAGUAGGACCACCAAAACUAGAGCUGCAAAUGGGUCGUAAGUGGGCUGUCGAGAAUCAAAUUGGAAUCAAGAACUUGGUUAUUGAGGAUUGUGAUGCUAAACAGUCCGUGUAUGUUUUUGGAUGCAAGGAUUCCGUUUUGCAGAUUCAGGGGAAAGUUAACAAUAUAACACUUGACAAAUGCACUAAGAUGGGAGUGAUAUUUAAGGAUGUUGUGGCUGCUUUUGAGAUAGUAAAUUGCAAUGGUGUUGAGGCACAGUGUCAGGGUUUUGCUCCAACAAUUUCAGUGGACAACACAUCUGGGGCUCAGUUGUACUUGAGCCAAGAUUCUUUAGAUGCAUCUAUAACAACAGCAAAGUCAAUUGACAUCAAUAUAUUAGUACCUGGUGCCGACUCUAAUUCUGACUGGGUGGAGCAUCCUUUGCCGCAACAAUACAUCCAUGUAUAUAAGAACGGCCAAUUUGAAACUAGUCCAGUCUCGCACUCGGGAGCUUAAAGUAAGACACUUCAUUCGAUAUCUUUAGCAUGCUUCCAUUUUUUAAUUUCUUUUAUUUCUCUGGGCCGAUUUGAUCAAAUUUCUGACACGUAUCUAUCUGUCAUCAUCUGAGUUUU